AUGGAGAACCUGCUGCUGUGGUUCGUGCUGCUCAUCGUGGUGGCGGCCUGCGGUCUCUUUGGUUCCUGGAUGCUCUGCAACGUGCGCUCCUACCUGGGUCAACCCAACAGCAUCGUGAGCGUCAGCAGCCGCAGUCAGAUGCGUCACCCGUUGUUCGCCGACGAACCGCAGUCUCCGGCACCGGACGUCCGCCGAAACGGGCAUCACCACGCCCGGCAACCGCAGCCUCAGCCACCGCCUCCACCAGCGUUUGUGUACUAUCCCGGCGACCUGCAUCGCUACCCGUUUCCACCGUACUUCAUCGAACCACCGAUCGACUACACCCCACCGUCCACAACCACGCAGCCCAGGAGACACGGCAGUGUGCCGUCCCAUACCGUCACGAAGAAGACCGUGGUCAACUUUCAAGAGCACAGGAGCUCCAGUUCUCCAUUCUGA